AAAAAGUUGAUAAUAUUGGUGAAUCCUUUUGGUGGGGCAGGAAAAGCGAUGCAGGUGUACAAAAAGAAGGUUGUUCCUAUACUGAAAGAAGCAGAUGUGAGGUACCAAACUAUUGAAACAGAAUAUGCAGGCCAUGCGAAAGAUUUGAUAAAAAACUUGAACCUCUCUGAAAUAAGGGGCAUAGUAGUUGUAUCAGGAGAUGGUUUAGUGUUUGAAGUCAUCAACGGUUUGAUGGAGAGAGAAGAUAAGUUUGUGGCCAUCAAGGUGCCUAUUGGAGUCAUCCCUGGUGGGUCUGGAAAUGCCCUUAUUUGUUCUGUUCUUUAUCAAGCAGGGUAUUACUUUUUUGAAUCUAACAGUGAAUCCUAUCUACACAACAUCGUGCUAACUUCGACGUUGUUUGUCAUAAAGAAUCGAACUGAACCUAUGGACUUAGUUACAGUUGAAACAAGUUCUAAUAAAACACUCUACUCUAUUUUAUCUGUGGCCUGGGGUAUAGUGGCCGAUGUCGACAUCGAAAGUGAAAUGUAUCGGUAUUUAGGGAAGGCUAGGUUUACUGUCGGUGCUAUUAAGAGAAUUGUCAAUUUAAGAAAAUACAAAGGUACUUUAUCAUUCCUUCCAUGCUCAAAUGAUGAUGACACAUCCACUAAACCACCCGCAGACCAAAAUGGGAAAACUUUUGAUUCGCAUAGACCGGCCUAUGCGCCUAAUUCACUAACUACUCCGGUUCCUGAUAACUGGACAAAGAUAUCGGCCAAUGAUUUUGUGUCAGUUGUCGCCAUGUAUCAAACCCAUUUGGCCCAAGAUAUGAAAUGUAUUCCUAGUUCGAAAUUACAAGAUGGAUGCAUCUAUUUGAAUGUUAUUAAGGGUAAUGUUUCAAGAGCAAAAAUGUUGCACUACUUCAACUCCAUGGAAGACGGUACCCUUGAAACAAUAUCUGACCCCUACUGCAACAUUUACAAGGUCAAGGCCUUCCGUAUCGAGCCUUCCGAUGACAUUACUUCCGGAAUCAUGACAGUAGACGGGGAGAGGGUGCAAUUUGGCUCCAUUCAGGGAUGGGUGAAUGAAGGGAUGUGUAGAGUUAUGAAAGCUUGAUUAAUAAGUGGUUAUUGUAUUUAAGAUUGGUUAUUUAAUGGAAUGUAAGAAAAAAUAUGUAAUAUUACUAUAAUAUUACUGUGCUAUGGUGUUUGUGUGUCAUGAUCUUCUAUUAUUAUUGCUAAGAUGUUUAAAAAAACUAUGAUGCAGAUUGUGAAUAAGAAUUAAAUUUGUUGAAACUUUUAUUCUCAAUUAAGUCCAUUAUGGAGAUGACGAUUUAUAGCAGCAUUAAUAACGAUGACAAACAUAAUAAAUCAUAUAUUUAUACAACAUUUAUAUUUUCAAGUCUUCCUUUAAAUUUUUCAACAUCUUAAAAAACUCUAAAGAAGCCAUUUUUUUUUACAAUUUGUAUAUAUUUUGUAUUCUACACAUGUGUUAUUAAUUAAUAAGUAAUGAAAAUACUGCUUUUUCACAUUUUUUUAUACUGUGUUUGUAUAUUUUUUGCCAAGAAAUUAACAACACUGAUCAGACCGACGUGGAUGCAUGUGAAAUCCUAUGGUUAGUUUUGGUUUUCGUAUGAAAGCAUCAAUGUUGUUACCGUUGUAGUUUACCGCUGAUUAAUGAAUGAUGUCAUUUUUUUUUUUUCUUAAACUUUGUUUUUACAGUACAUAUACUCACACAUGCCUGUGUGUGUACGUGUACAUAUGUUAUAUAUAUAUAUAUAUAUUAUACAUUAUAUAUAAGUCUAUUAAUACAUUCAACAAUAUUAUCUACAAAGGAUGAUUCCACUGGUCGGUCUACUGAUAAUUAUGAUUUUUCUUAAGUUAUGUGACUAUUGUUCUGUAUUACAUUGUGUGUGUGUGUGUGUGUCUGUGUAUGUAUAUGACGUGCCGUUAUACGUUUUUACGUCAUUCUAGUAAGAAUUCGAAAAAAAUCCUUACGAU